AUGUUGAUUCUGGGUUUUGUUUCAGGCACUUUGUGUCUGAGCAGCAAUGCUCAAAUGAAGUAUUUGAAUGUGAUGGAUUAUGGAGCUCAUGGCGAUGGAACAACUGAUGAUUCACAUGCAAUUUUAAAUGCAUGGAAUGGUGUGUGUGGAGGGGGAGGACCAGCAACUCUAUUGAUACCUUCAACCAAAACCUUUUUGGUGAAAAGAUUAAAGCUAAAUGGUCCUUGCAAGGCCCCAAAUGUAGCCAUUAAGUUUGAAGGGAAGAUAGUUGCUCCAUCUAUGAAAAAAUGGGGUGGUAAUCCGUUCAAUUGGAUUGAGAUAUUUUCUGUAAAUGGUCUAACAAUUGAAGCUGAUGGAGGAAUCAUUGAUGGCAAUGGCGAUACUUGGUGGCAGACAUGCAGAACAUGCAGGCGCCCAGCAUCCCUACGUUUCCAUGCUUGUAAUGGUCUUACUGUGAAAUCUCUGAGAAUGAGUAACAGCCCUGGUGCUCACAUAUCAGUGAAUAGCUGCAAUGGCGCAUUCUUCUCUCAAAUGAAUAUCGCUGCUCCUCGGGAUAGUCCUAACACUGAUGGCUUUGACAUUAGUAAUUCCAAAAAUAUAGCAAUCGAAGAUUCUACCAUAGCAACAGGUGAUGAUUGCAUUGCCAUCAAUGGUGGCUGUUCUUUCAUCAACGCCACUAGAAUUUUCUGCGGACCAGGCCAUGGCAUAAGCGUUGGAAGCCUUGGUAAAAAUAAUUCGUACGAGACAGUAGAAGAGGUUCACGUACGGAAUUGCAGCUUCAAUGGCACCACAAAUGGAGCAAGAAUCAAGACAUGGCCGGGUGGAUCAGGCUAUGCAAGAAAGAUCACGUUUGAGGAAAUCAUACUUCAAGAUGUUAAGAAUUCAAUCAUUAUAGACCAGUACUACGGCAAUAAAAAUCAAAGUGAAGGGGAAAGUGCGGUGAAGGUGAGUGAAGUGAGUUAUCGAGGCUUCAAUGGAACUUCUGCAAGUGAUAAGGCAAUCAACGUGAACUGUAGCCCAUCUGGUUGUUCCGACAUUUCAAUGGAUCAAAUAUACAUUGUCUCUUCACAACCAUCCAGAAAAGCCUAUGCUUUUUGCCAGAAUGCUAAAGGGACCAUUGAAAACACUGUUCCAAAAGUAUCUUGUGUAUGA